UUUCGUAGUGUUUUGAAACGCAAUUGGUUUGUUUUAUUUUAUUGGAUUUGAGUUUGUUUGAAAGGAAACAGAAAUAUAAUAACAAUAAUACUAUGUCGAGAAAGCAAGGCAGAAAACAAAAACAAAAACGCAGAAGCAUCAUUAAACGUCAAAAGAUGUUUCACUUGAAAUCAUCGCAACUGUCUCCUGGAGCUUCUCCAAACAAGUUAAGAUAUCGACUAGCAAAGAUUCAGCAACAAAUUGGCAAAGAAAAUAAAUGGAAAGUAAUUGAAAUUUCCAAUAACAAUGCGGAGCCAAUAAACCAGAACACAAUGGACGAUAUACCCAGUACGAGUGGAAUGAGCAUAACAAAAUCACCGAAAAAGAUACGUAAAAGGAGUCCCUUAGAAAAUGCUGGUUAUGUUAAGAAAUUUCAAAAAAUUCGAGAUGAUAAGGCUAAGCAGUUGCUGAAGCGCAGUAGAAAAAUGAUUUGGGAUUCGAAAAAAAGACUAACAAAUGAUGGCAAGAAAUUAUAUCGGACUAGGAGCGUGCACAACAAAUCUAAAUCGCCGAUUUGCAACAAUCGCCGCAAAAACAGUCGAAACUCUAUAACCAAUUCCUCAAGAAAUUCAAGCAAUGUGGCGAAUAUACCAAGAGUUGACUUAACAAAACCUAAAGACACAACGGUGGAUAGUGAUGAUGACGAUUGCAUAUUAGUUGAAAAGUCUGUUACUCAUAUAACCAUAGUGGAUGAUGAUGAUGAUGAAGACAACAUUAAUGACCACAACGCAUCCACAUCGAGUUGUGAAACAGCAUUGAAAUCAUUUUCGCAACGUUUUUCUUCAACACCUUGUGGCAAGGGUUCACCGAAUGGACCCAAAAACAUGGUGCCUUUUACUCCUUUAGCUGGCAAUCAUCCACGUCCUUCAUAUGCUAGCAUGCUGUGGAACUCGGAAAAGGAUCGUCAUAAUCCUCGUGUGCCAGGAAAUGCACCAUUUUUCAUAGAUGUCAAUGAGAAUACUUUUCUGGGGCAUAUAAAGUACAACAUUGGAGUGCCCUUAACAAAAAAUAAUGAGGACGAUUUUGUCGUUGUGGACAAUGAUACAACUUUAAUAGCAGAAUCAUCGACUCUGGAAGAACAUAACAAAUCAAAGGACGACUCAUCUCGCAAUUCGUCCAGCGAAUCGUCCGGCGAAUCUUCUAGUGAGUCAUCCAGCGAUGAGAAGGAGGAGGGUGAAGUUUCAGAUUCCGUCAAUAAUGCCGACAAUGAAUCUGUCAUAUUUGUAUCCGAUACAAGACCAAAUGAUUUUAUACCCAUUACUUGUGCAGCAGACAAAAAAUUGACAAAAACCCUUAAGGCAAAUAAUCGCCAAAAGCCUCCUGCUGCAUAUAGCGAAUUAUUUACAGCUGGUGAAAAGAAACAAUUGGAAGUGUAUAAUACAAAUACGUAUAAUCCCAAUGCAGGCGAGGCAAUAACAUCGAAAAAACGUCCAGUUAUUAUAGAUGGCAGUAAUGUAGCUUUUAAACAUUCUUUAAACAAAGGAUUUUCGGUAAAGGGCUUAAAAAUUGCCAUAGAAUAUUUUGAGAAAUUGGGCCAUGAUGUUAAAGCUGUCAUACCACAGUUUCGAAUGAAUAACAACAAAUCUACAGAUCCCGCCGAAUUAGAUAAACUGGAUAAAAUGGGUAAAAUUAUGCAAACACCAUGUAAAAACUUACCGGGGCUAACUAGUACCAGUUAUGACGAUAGAAUGAUAUUGCAAUUGGCUGCUGAAAUAGAUGGUGUCAUUGUCUCAAAUGAUAACUAUCGUGAUUUGAUACACGAAAAUCCUGCGUUUAAAAAGAUUAUUGAAUCUCGUGUGAUUGGCUAUACAUGGUUCAAUGAUAUAUUCAUGUUGCCCAAAGAUCCAUAUGGCAAAUGGGGACCUUCGUUAGAUAUGAUAUUAAAUCGUUCAUAGAGUGUUUGUUUCGGUGUCGUUCCUCUUUAAGACUUUUUCUUUUUGUAUAUAGAUAUAUUUAAUAUUAAUAAGAUUUUGUAAUAUCGCUUAAUAGAAAUGUAAGUCAUGUUCUUGUUUACGCCAGGAACUUGUUGUAAAAUAUUUUAAACCUACUAUUAGGUUAGAUUAUCCCCAAUGUUUACACUUUUGGGCUAAUGGACUGUUAACAUAAUAUUUAGUUCCAUUUUUUCCUAA